CUUUUCGUAUCAAACAGGUCAAACGCCAGUCAACUGGUUACAUUAGACCUGGACUCUAAACCAAUCACAGUUCUCUGUCAGAUGGGGGAUUUUGGAUGCGGUGAUGGAGGAUGGACCCCUGUAAUGAAGACUGACGGCAAUAAAGUAAGCCUCAUUUGGCGGAAUAUUCUUAGCGGGGUUUUCUUGCGGAUGAUGAAGCGCGAGGAAGACAUUUUCAGAAGCAUCGAAACUAAGAGAGAAUCACCCAUAUUCUUCUUGCGGCCCCUGCUUGCGGAAAUUCUUCUGACAUAAGUGCUACAAUACCUUAAUAUCUAAAAACUCGACAAAUUGCUAAUUAACCCGCCUGCAAGUAGGGUAGAGUUUGAUAGCUGUAUUAUUGAUUUCAUGAGGGUCCUGCCCUUGGUUAUGCAUCGUGUUAUUUAUGUUUCAGGAUAAAUUAAAUCUUCUUAAUUCUUUUUAGGCAACGUUUGACUAUGACUCUCACUACUGGAGUGAUAAAAACCAAUACAACAUCCCCGGCGGGAGGACUGGGUUUGACUCACAAGAGACCAAGUUACCGACCUAUUGGAACACACCUUUCUCCGAGAUCUGUCUCGGUAUGAAGAUAAGUGGACAGCUCAGGUUUAUUGUCAUUAACAAGCAGGCCAACUCUCUGUACUCUUUGAUUGCUGAUGGGACAUACCGCGCUACUUCACUGGGUCGUAACGAGUGGAAGAAGUUGAUUGGUGCGCAGGGCUCUUUGCAACUAAACUGUAACAAGGAGGGCUUUAAUGCUGUAGGUAUUGCAAGAAUUGGUUAUGUAGCUAACCAGGAAAACGAUUGUGGUAGUUGUGACUCCAGAAUUGGGUUUGGUACUAGAGGAGGUUCCAAUGCGUGUGGAAACGUAGCAUCUCAUUCCCCAGAUAAUGGUGACAGAAACAUCAAAGCUAUGGGAUAUAUUUUGGUGCAGUAA